CCAAGGGCCAAGAGACAUUAAAACUUUUCUGUUGCACUAGGGCUCAGAAAUUGUAUUAGUCUAGAACUAAUAGUAGGAGUAGGAGUAGGCUUGGAAAAGUGUGUGAGAAACAACUGUUGAGUACUAUCCAUUGUAUGCUUGUGUGUGGGAUGCCUAAAGUCCAAAGGGACUUGUGUUAGUCCUCUUGGGGUUUUGGGAGCCCAUUGACUUUGGAUAUAGAUAAAAGAAUCUGUGACACCUAUAAAGCUGGUUUGUUAUUUUCAACUAUUAAUAGGAUCCACUGAAAUUGUUACAGCCUGCUUGCUCUAUGGUUUGCUUCAGUUCUAAGAUUUAUUAAAAGUAUAUACAUCCUGCUUCCAGAUUCCUAGACUAAUAAAAAAAAAAGCUACCGCAUCAUAGAGAAACAAUUCAAAAUCUCAAAUAUUCAAAUGUUUUUGUAUUGGUUAUUUGUAAUACAACCAGAAAUUAUCAGUACUUUACUAUGAUGAAACACUCAGUGGAAGCAGCUUAAAUUAUUGAUUUCUGAACAGAACUGAACUGAGAGGUCUUAGUCUGCCGCCUGGCUCUCUACCACAACCACAUUGAAUGGCUGUGGAUGACAACUAGGAUGGAUGACGGAUUUGGCCAACUUUCAGGCACAGUUACUGGUGGAUCAAACUCAGUUUGUGGCUCUAUCUUUUAGUGCUGACCUCACUCCCUGCCUUGGCGGUGCCACCUGCUACGCCCACUAAGACAAUCUCCUCCUCUGUGAUGAAUGGACUUGAAAUGACAGAACAACGGAACUGGCUGUACCUAGAGGAGACUGUCAAUUCUCUGCUUAACACAGCUCGGCAGCUGAAGACGCUGAUCGAACAAGCGAAGCAGGCCAGCUCUUCCUACAGAGAAGCUGCUGUUUCUCAAGCGAAACUUCAAGCUGAUGCGGAAAGGAAAGAGUAUCAGAGUCAGUUAUUUCAGCAUACAGAAGAUGUUGAUGGAAAAACUGAAAUUAUUAUUAAG